GGGAGUUAGGACUUCAACAUGUUUUUUUAGGGGGGACACAGUACAACCCGCAACAGCAUUCAUCUAAAAAUCAGAAAUAAGCGAGUUGGUACUAAAAACACAGCCCUUUUCCUCAUGCAUUAUUGUCUCACAGUGGGGGGAAAACUGAGAGCAAGGAGGAAUAAGUGGGGCUGAGUCAGUCAGGAAAGGUCCGUCUGAUGAGGUGACAUUUACAUUGGGAACAGAAGGCUAGGGAGGAUCCAGGAAAGCAAGAAUGUUUCAAGCUAGGGAGCAACCUGUGUAAAGACCAGAAAUAGCUCGAUGUAUUGGAAGAAAUGAAAGAGGGGCCAGUGUCACUGUUGUGUGGUGGCGCAGGGGGAGAUGGGGUCUGGGGCCAAAUCAUGCAGGGACUUGCUGGCCAUGAUGAUGAGUUCACUACUUUAGGGGUUCUGGGGAGCCUUUGAAGAAUUUUAAGCAGGGGAGACAUACUCAGAUUUACAUAUUUAGAAGAUCACUCCCGCUGCUAUAUGCCACAUGGAUUGAGGGGACCACACUGGUGGUGGGAAGGCCAGUUGGGAAGCUUUUCUAUUUUUCCAAUAGAGACAAAGACAGUGGAGGCUGGGACUAGUGUAGCAGUAAGGGAGAUGGAGAGAAAUGGGGAAAUUCAAGGUACGUUUUGGGGAAAGAGCUGAGAAGAUUUGCUGAUGGGUUAGCUAGAGAGUAGGGAAAGGAGGAAUCCUUUGCUGAUGGCUUGAGUAACUCAGUGGAUGAUUGUAUAAUCGACUGAGAUGGGGAAAUCAGGGUUGGGGGUAGGUGUCAGAUUUAAACUGCCAAGUUCAGUUUGGGGUAUGUGAAAUGUUAAAUGCCUGGUGAUAUCUAAGUAGAGAAGUUAAGUAGCCAACCCAGUUUCGACCUCAGGGCUGGAAAUGUGUUUGAGAGAGUUGUCAGAGGAGCACUAACAUUUCAAGUUCUUAAAGAGGAGAGGAGCCUGGAAGCGAUCUAGCAAAGGAGCAGUGCAGAAAGAGACAGCUGGAGAAAGUGGUGUCACAGAGGCAGAGAAGGGUGAGCAAGUUCUUCAGCCGUGCUGAGCGCUUCUCAGAAGUUGAGUGUGAUCUUCCUUCACUGACAUCAGAGUGCUACGAAGAUAAGGACAGAGACGUGUUCAGUGGAUCUGACCUCGUGCUGUUUUAGCUGAGGGUUCUCCUUGUGCCAUGUGUGAGAGAGUCCCCAGGACACCUACCUAUGAAUGAAAUUGCUGGAUUGAAAGGAAUUUCUUCACAUGGCUUCCGAAGAUGUGACCGUUACGGUUCGCCUCAUUCGUUCAUUUGAGCAUCGCAAUUUCAGACCUGUAGUAUAUCAUGGAGUUCAGAUGGACCAAACUGUAAAGGAAUUUAUAGUAUUUCUAAAGCAAGAUAUCCCUUUGAGGACCAGCCUGCCACCACCAUUCAGAAAUUAUAAAUAUGAUAAACUAAAGAUUGUUCAUCAAGCACAUAAAUCAAAGACAAAUGAACUUGUGUUGAGUUUGGAAGAUGAUGACAGACUCCUGUUAAAAGAAGACAGCACCCUGACAGCAGCUGGAAUCGCCAAUGAAACUGAAAUUGCAUUCUUCUGUGAAGAGGACUAUAAGGGCUACAAAGCUAAUCCCCUUUCAUCCUGGUGAGAACUUCACAGGGCUUCCUUUUUGCAUACUUGUAUUAAGCUCUUUAUUCCACUAGUGAGUUUUUUAAAUUGACAAAUAAACUUAAAAAAAUGAAUCCCAAG